UUGACUACAGUAAUUUUUUUAUAGAAUAGGUAAAACUAUGAUCACGCCAUAUUACAACGCUACCACAGUUAUUUUAUAGAUUAGGUAAAACUAUGAUCACACCAUAUGAUACCACAACCUUACAAAUCUGUAUAUAAGUGAUCAGUAGACAUUGAUUAUAGUUAGUGUUAAAUCUCAACAUUGUCUAUAAAUUUUAUGUUUCGUCGUUUCAUACCGUAAUAUAUCCGUUUGCUACAAGUCGAUAACAAACCAAGUAACACAAUUUGAUCAAGUAAAUGUUUUUUAAACAAUCUGUUAUAUUAAAAAUUAAACUUAUACUGAUUAUCAUUUUUAUUUAAGGUAUAUUUAAUAUAUAUAAAAAAUAAUAUGUCGUACUAUACUAAUGUAUCUGCAGGCGAAAGCUCUUCAAAUGAUGAUAAUGAAAGUAGUAUGCUAUCAACACUAUCAUCUUCUUUAAAACCGGUAAAAAUGCAGAAUAAAAAAAGAAAAAAUGAUACUGAACCAAAAGUUAAAAUGUCUAAGGCUGGAAAGCAGCGAACAGAAUCAAUAGAGACGUACAAGGAUGCCUUAGCUAGUGUAAUUUCGAAAGGAAAUAUUGAAGAUAACGUUUCUAACUCAAUAACAUUGACGGAAGGAAAUUACACGUAUACGAUUCGGUGUCCAGUAGCGCCAAAAUGCGAUGACUACUACGUCAUUCAACAUUAUAAAACUAGUGCUAUAAAGGACAUUCCGUCACUUGAAAGAUGGAAACAUUCUGAAGCUAGUGUAAAGUUGUACACUAGCAAUACCUUUCCUGCUGACAACGAAAUAUCUAUAAAAAUAAAUGAACUAAUUCGCACAAUUUUAAAUCGAUGUUCAUCGGAUCCGAAACGGAAGAUUGUGAAAAACAGUAAAAAAUAAAAAAAUGCAAAUAUAUUAUUUUGUAAAAAUUUUUUAUUGGU